AUGGAACCUCCUUCGUUCUGGCAACUAAAGGCCAGGAGCCAGUUCACACUGUGCUUCGUCGCAUCAUUCACGGCGAAACUCAUCCACCUCUAUAGCCACCGAUCUUCACUCCCCAUAUUAUUAAUCGUUCUUUACACGCCAACCUUUCUGCUCCCCGACGUGCUCCUCCUGUUAUUCACCAAAUACGUCUAUCGUCAGAACAGAGGGAGAAUAUGCAAGGUCGUGGGGGGGCUGUACGCCCUGGUCACCGUUGCCGCCUCGGCUUCUCAGAUUUCCUUUUACAUGACGACGGGUGGUGAAGUGCAGUGGAUGGCUGCGGGUAAUCUCGCAAAGGAUCCCGGCGGCCUCCGCAUGCUUCUAUCCGAGCUCCCCAAAUUCUUCAUCACCAUAUCCGCCUUUCUUCUGGUGUCGUGGCUCAUUGCGGCCCGCUUCGAUGCUGCAACAAGCCAUGUUUGCCGACACAUCGGCCUUUCAUUCAGGAAGGUAUAUCUCCGCCUCAGAGGAAGGCCAAACGAUUACCAGCCGCUGGACGACAGUGAGGGCAAGAGCAACCCCGUCCACAACUCCAUGCCUUCGUUGCGGAAGGCGGCCGGAUCCUGCGUCUCCGCACUGACCGUGAUCAUCACUGUGCUUAUCCUACAAACCGUCCGUCCGAGAAACCCGCCUUAUGCUCACAUGAGCGGCUCCCUUCCCGUUACGCUUUUCGAAUCUCUCUUCUUUAGCCCGAUCAACCCUGACUUCUGCCUGCCCUACCCUACCCACCGCAUCGAGUUUCCCUUUGAAGAGUACGCAAAACUAUCCGGACACGCGCCGCCGGCCGGAUGGAAGCCGCUCACCGAGGAAUGCCGUCACCAUGGCCCACCUUCGCCCAUUCACCACAUCGCAUUUGAAGAGGCUACGCAUACGACUUUGGAAGCGAGAGAAGAUGGUCCACCGCAUGGUCCUCCACACGGUCCGCCACACGAUCAUCCCGAGCAUGGGCAUCGGCAUGGGCAUCAAGGUGGCUACGAUCCUUCGUGCGACCCGCUCAAGCUGUCAAACUUGAACGAGAGUCCACUGGACCCGCUCGUGGAAGCCAUCAAGAAAGACAAUCCUUUGAUUCAGCAUGUCCUUCUCGUUACCAUGGAAAGCACGCGCAAGGACCUGUUCCCGUUGAAAAAGGGCAGUGCCGUCUACAACAGCAUCCUCUCGUCAUACGGCACCAACGCCCCGCCCGAAGUUGAACAAGAGCUGGACAAGAAGCUAAACAACCUGACCAGAACCGCUGCUUUCCUGACCGGCGAAUCCUCCGGCCUUGGCAACGACGAGGCGCACGAAGGACUCGGCCCAUGGACCUCACACUUCCGCGCCGGCCACGGAGGAAUCAACGUCCAACAAGCAGUAACCGGCAGCGCCUUCACGCUCAAAAGCCUCGUCACCAGCCACUGCGGCAUCGACCCCUUGCCGGUCGACUUCACCGAAGAAGUGCGGGGGCGCAUGUACCAGCCGUGCUUCCCGCACAUCGUCAGCCUGUUCAACAAAGCCCAACAGGAGCAGGAGGAGGCCGCCGGCUCGACCGACAGCUCUGCCCACAACCAAAGCCGCUGGGACGCCGCGCUGGUGCAGAGCAUCACCGACCAAUGGGACUCGCAGUACACGCUGGACGACCAGAUGGGCUUCCCCGCCUCCAACAUCAUCCUCGACACGACGCUCGAAGACCCCUCCGCAGCACACUACCCGCCCAAAGAGCCCCGCUGCAACUACUUUGGCUACCCGGAAACCGAAUCCCUUCCCUACCUGCGCGACAUGUUCGUCAACGCCACCGCCCACGGCCGGCGCCUCUGGGCGAGCCACAUUACCAGCACGACGCACCACCCGUACGCCGUGCCCGCCGCGUGGGCCGCCUCGGGCAACGUCGACGCCUUCGUCGCUUCGCGGCGCUUCGCGGCCGGCGGGCUCGAGAGCGAGGAGUUCGACCGGUACCUCAACACGGUCAAGUACCAAGACCGCUACCUGGACACGCUGAUGACGAUGCUGCACGACGUCGGCGCGCUGAACUCCACGCUCGUCGUCCUCGUCGGCGACCACGGCCUCGCCUUCACCACGCCCGACGGCUCCAAGUCGACGUUCGAGAACGGCCACGUCGCAAACUUCGCCAUCCCCCUCGCCUUCGUCCACCCCGCCCUGCCCCGCCUCCAGCUCGCCGUCCAGACCUCCCCCACCAGCAUCCUCCCCACCGUGCUCGACCUCCUCCUGCAGACGGCGUCGCUGGGCGACGGCGCCGCCGGCGUCGCCGAGGCCCUGCUGCCGCGCUACCAGGGCCAGUCGAUGGCGCGGGCCCAGCACCGGUGGAGCGUGCCGACGACAGCUACUACUAGCAGCAGCCCGUCAACCGCGCCGGAGCACGAGCACGAGCACGAUUACGCCUCUAGCCCGCCGCAGCAAAACUCCACGCACUGGCCGACAUCGUCGUCGACAAACGGCAACACCACCACCGGCCCCCAGCCCUUCCACUUCUCCGUCAUCAACCCGGGCGGGUCGCUGCUGGCGAUCGCGCAGGAGGGGUCGCCCUUCCGGCUGAUGCUGCCGCUGUGCUCGACGCUGCCGCUGCGGUUCACGGACGUGGCGGCGUCGCCGCACGAGGCGGAGGAGCUGGUGGCGUGGAGCGCGGGGGCAGUCGUGGACGCGGUGAGGGCGCGGCACGGCGAGCGCGCGGCGGAGUGGGUCGAUCUCGCGCGGAAGCUGGGCGAGUGGUGGGUGUGGGAGACGAGGGGCAGGUGGGGGUACGACGAGCCGGCGCGGAGUACGGAUAGGGGGGCGGGCGGGGCGGGGGCGGUGGGGAGGGUCAAGAAGGGGCAUUGGUGGGAGACGUGA